AUGGCUGACGAUAUCCACACGUAUACUGGCGUCUGGAUUGACUGGUCUGAGGGUGGAAUUCGCGGAGCGACAUUGACGUUGUCACAACGACAGGCUGGAAUCCUCAGUGCCUUCUUGGCCGUCCUCGUCUCUUCUGCUGGGAGCUUGUUCUGGAACAUCAUCGCGUUUGCAAUCCAUCAAGCAAAUACCACGAAGGUUUGGGAGAGACAAGAUGCACUACACCUUCAACGCCAAGUAAUUCUCCGCAAUAAGGGUACAACGGCUGCAGCUUGGGCGUUGCUGGUCCUUCCAUUUUCACAUCGGGGUACGGGGUCAAGUCGAUUCUGGCGAUCCCUACCCUUUGCAACAUUUGCUAUUCUAACCCUCCUCCUUUUCGGCGUCUCUGGCCUCUUCACGAGUUACAUCUCCAAGUUUGCAAGUGUCUCCACUCUCGUUAUCGGCCCAGAGUGUGGAGGAUUCGUGGUUGACUCCAUCGCUGGGGUGCUGAGUCCUUUGUCUUCAAAGGGCCUUUUAGAUACUUAUGACGCGGCAACAUAUGUCCGUCAAUGUUACCAAGGAAACCCAGAUGGGCCAAGUUGUGGGACAUUUGUGCGCCCAUUCUUACCAUUCACCACCAAUCUGAACGCCUCCUGCCCAUUUGGAGACAAUCUUUGCGCCUACAACAGCCAUUCUGCAUUCCAAAUGGAUACUGGUCGAUUGGAUUCGCAUGUGGACUUUGGUAUUAAUGCGCCACCAAAAGACAGGAUCAAGUUCAGACGAGUCUGCACCUGCGCGCCAAUUCGCCACCAGUCUGGCUUGGCUACAGUAUCGAACGAUUCGACAUACGGAGAAAUAAUUUAUAUCAACGCCGGAAUACAGCCUGAACUAGGGUACAACUACACGUUUGCUUAUACCCCAGUACCCAACCUGGAUGGCGUGGGAUACACUUUGAGCGCAAUGCAUGCAAAAGCUGAUCCCACUGGCAUUCUACACACCACGCUUAUUUCAUGGGAGCCAGAUCCGAGGAUGAACCAAACCGACGCCGAUAUAACCCUGAUGAUGCUGACGCAAAAUGAUAUCGGGUACCUUCAGCCCAGCGACGAUCCUUGGAUGACGGCCCAGAUAGAGUCAGAUACAGGAGUUACAGUGCCAGGAACAAACGGUACCCUGAUUAUGUGGUCCAAAAGCUACGAGACAAAUCUUUUGGGAUGUGUGGACCAGUAUGAGGUGUGCAACCCGAAUAGACCUGGAGAUUCCGGCUGUACUACACUGGGUGGAAUUAUGAGCGCGGCCAAUCAAGCCUACACUACCAAAGUCAUAUCUCUGGAGUUCAGUGCCGCCCAGAUUAUGACUAUUUCACGAUUUCUCAACUACGCCGUCGAUAAGAGCAUGUAUUCCAAUGUCGAUGGACGAGGAGGUGCCGCUCUCAAUGCUUCGAUGAUGGCCUUUCAAAAUGUGCAGGCAUAUAUUCCACCGAACCAAUGGCAAAUCGAAGUAUCAACCUGGUUCGCAACCUCCCUUGCCAAAGAGCAAUCUUCUGUCCUUGAGUGGGCUACCAGACCGAAAAACCUCCCCGCUGCCGGGUGGCACAUUACCGCACCGACUAAUAGCCUCCAGCGUUCCCAAUGCAAAUCACAACUCGUGCCCGGUGCCUCGGGAUACGAAAACUUUUCAAUUCUUGGACUGGCCAUAACACUCAUACUUUGCGGUCUCAUUGUUAUAACUGGAUUGACAAUCGAUACGAUAGUGGGCUGGCUGCGCCGAGGAAAGUCAAGGUACAUGCGGGAUCAGUGGGAGGUAGAGGAAAUUUUAGCAAUACAUAAGGCUGCGUACCUGAGCCUGGAUAUUUGGCAGGACCGUGGAGAAGAUAUGCCUCCAAGUUCAGUGCUUUUGCGCCCGUCGCCUCAGGCAAUCCCACUCAGAGCUGAAGAGGAUCUCGAGGAGUGA